CAAGCUUCCCCAAAGCACCGUCGAGAAAUUUUUGAUGCAAACCGGCAACCAUGCAUCGCCAGAUUGUCCUCAGUUUCUUCGUGCUCAGUCUCUUCAUUUAUGUCCAUGGUCAGCAGAAGUACUCCGGGAAUUCGGUCCUCAACUGCGACGGCGACGACCGGGACGGACCGUCCCCGGCCUUCCUCUACACCUGCAACGGUGGUCGACGGGCCUGCCAGGCUUUCCUCAUCUUCAAGUCCCAGCCUCCCUACGAUUCCGUCCCGGCCAUUUCCACCCUCCUGUCCUCGGACCAGGCGGGCGUGGCGAGAAUCAACAACGUCACGAGGCUCGCCGUAUUCCCCACAGGCAAGGAGGUGAUCGUCCCCGUGAACUGCUCCUGCUCGGCGCAGUACUACCGGGCCAUCUCCUUGUUUCCCGUCACCAGCGGCGCCAACGACACUUACUUCACCGUGGCGAACGACACCUACCAGGGGCUCUCCACGUGCAGUUCGCUCAAGCGUGCAAAUGCACACGGCGAGUCCGGAUUAGAGGGGCCUGGCGAGCUGCGAGUGCCGCUCCGGUGUGCUUGUCCGACCAGGAAUCAAACUGUGAACGGCGUCAGGUACUUGCUGACCUUCUCAAUCAACUGGCGUGACACUAUUACGGGUAUUGGUGAGAGGUUCAAUGCUAGCGCUGAGGACAUCCUCACGGAAAACGGAAUUUCUGAAGCGAAUCCCACUAUUUUCCCCUUCACGACGAUCCUAGUUCCUCUCGUGACCGAACCUUCGAGCUCUCAAACCACAUUACUGUAUCAGGAACAGCCAUCUCUGCCUCCGCCGACUUAUGUCUCUUCAAGAAGGGAACCCAACAAGGAACUGUAUUUGGGGGUCGGAGUCGCAGCAGGUGGUCUUCUGGUGACCCUUUUUGCCGCAUUCGCAUGUUUUCUGUGGCAUAAGAAGAAAAAGGAGGCGGUUCCCCAGUUUCGAGGGCAGGCAAGUAGGAAAUCGGCCUCGCCGGUGGAUCUCCGUGUUGAAAUUGCCAGCUUGGAGGAAAUCCUGAAAGUCUUCACGUUUGAGGAAAUAAAGAAGGCCACGCAGAACUUCAGCUCCCGGAACAGGAUCCAGGGAUCUGUUUUCCGUGGUGCCUUCGGCCAGGAAACCCUGGCAGUCAAGAGGGUGAGUCGAGACGUGUCCAACGAAGUGAACAUAUUGAAGAAGAUCAACCAUUUCAAUCUGAUCAAGCUUCGGGGGUUCUGCGAAUUCAAUCGCUGCUUUUACCUGGUUUUUGAGUACAUGAGUUACGGGUCUCUGAGGGACUGGCUUUCCUCCGGUAAAAGCUCCAAGAAAACUCGGAGCUGGAGCCACCGAAUCAAUAUCGCCCUGGAUGUUGCCAAUGGACUUCACUAUCUCCAUAGCUUCACCAAACCUGCCUACGUACACAAGGACAUCAACAGCAGCAACAUACUGCUAAAUGGCGAUCUCAGGGCCAAGAUUGCUAAUUUCGGUCUCGCGCGCGUCGCUGGAAGGGAAACGUCGAGCGCUUCCCUGACUACACACCACCGUGGGGGCCGAGGUUAUAUGCCGCCAGAGUACAUCAAGCCGGGCCUGGUCACUUCAAAGACCGAUGUCUAUGGCUUUGGAAUGAUGCUCUUGGAACUGAUCACAGGGAAGGGUGCGGUCAUUUUGCAGGACGGAAGGGAAGUUCUGCUUUCAGCCGCAAUUGCUUCUGCGAUGGAAGGAGACGACACAGAAACGGAGAUUCUCCAAAGCUUCAUCGAUCCUAGACUAGAACGUAGCGGAAGAGGUUUAGCUAUGCGGAUGGUUAGAUUAAGUCUAACCUGCUUGGCGCACGAGCCUACGAGGAGACCGGGCAUGGAGGAAAUAGCGGCGACUCUAUUGAAAAUCCAGGCAGAUCUAAAGGCCCAGGAAAUUCUACCGUCGCCGUUGAAGCUUGGUAGAAAGAAGUAAUUCUCAGUACAGCGAAGUUAGCUCUCUAGAGGAGAACCUCUUCAUCAUUUCUAUAGCUCGUGCUGUAUCCAGUUAAUGCCGCAUUCUUUUACCAUAAGAGGUAUUGAAUAGAAAAUGAUUGAUUCUCUUGCCACUAUAUACUAGACUGAUCCACGUUACUGAAACUGUCAAGAAACACCAUCAAAGCAGAUGAUCACAGCAAAUGGCUCAACAUUGUCUUAUGUAACAGAGG